AAAAAUAUUAGGGGUACCCCUAAAAAAUAGUGUAAUUAGUUUUCCUACUUGAGGAGGGUUAACAAAUUCCAGUCUACUGCUGUUCUUCUUCUUCGGCAAUCUGAUCUGUGGAGGAUCUGAUAUAUUUCACCGGAAAAUGGCCUUUUUACUGAACAACACCAGCCUCGCUGCUCACUUCCGAUCUCAUUCCCAGCAGACCGGCGGUGCGCUGUCUCUUUCGCGUCGAGGGUUACAUGUCGAACCAGGGCCUCGCGAGAAAGCUCUCUUGGCUGCUGAUCCAGCUCUAAGCCGAUUCAAAUCACAUAAGAAGGGAGUGAAGACAAUUAAAAGAAUUGGAGAUAUUCUCACAAUUGUUGUUGUAGCAGGUUGUUGCUAUGAGAUAUAUGUCAGAGCAACAAUGCGAGAAGAAGCUCGAGAACAGGCUGGGGCUGCAAGUGGAACUCAUUAAGAAAAUGAAUGUAUUUGCAUUUCUCUUCCUUAGCUUGGAUGAUGUUGACCCUUUAUGUUUUCUUCAAUGUUAAAUAAGCAAAACAUAUACUUUGUUUUGAAAGACAAGAACUGCAGCUCUGCUAAUCACCAUCAGGUUCUCAUCUUUGGAAAUAUCUUUUCACUAAAAUUUCUACAUCAAUUUCAAUUGUUGUACUUUCUUUUUUCUUAUCUAUCAUAUAGAGAUGUCAAACUAGUGACUCGUUACAAUGGAUCGAUUAUUGGAAUGACAAAGAUAAUCUAUGAUGAUCUGGGUACAUAUCUUUUUCCUUCAGAUUUGUUUGUUGAUGUUGAUGGACCUUUGUUUUUGUGCAUGAUUGUUGCAUGUGAAUAAGAUAAAAUAGAGGGGUAUGA